CACACAUUCUGAAGGAUAAAGGAAGGUGCCGGUGUGAUUUGUUGACAUAAAUGCUUUACUUUGUGCCAGCGUUCCCUCAUAAAGGGUGUGUGUGUGUGUUCGUGUAUAAUAAGAGGUUUGGAUGAUGUUGGAUUAUGAAGUCAGGAGCACUUUGCUCCCGUGCUGCACCGACAUGUACAUCUGUCGUAGGCGAGCGACGGCGCUCUGAUCGCGUCAACACUGCCAUCACAUCACCACGACGACCUGCGGUUCACACGCUUACCGGGUGCGUGUCGAUACAGGACGAGGUAGGAUGUCUUCCAACUCCUCGGCCGCCAACGUGUGUGCGCCGGACGACAACCUCUGUAUCAGUAACAAGGGAGCACAUGCAGGCGGUGAUCAUCGUCCCGACGCUGCUCCUGUUCGCCAGCCUCGUCACCCUGCUGUGCCUUUGCUUCCUGAGGUUCUGUCCUGAGCGGAGGCGGUCGCGGGUCGCCGCCCCUCUGACCUUCGUCUCAUCGCGCAGACACUCGCGGAGGCCCAACAACAGAGGUCGCUUACAGGGCAUUGACGCGCCCCCUGGGAUAAACCCACUGGAACACGAGGAGCUGCCCAUGUCAGUGCAACAAGUGCAGCAGAGUGUGGCGCCCGCUGCGGCUGCGAUGCCACAAACGUCCACAGAGGGGCGUCACGGAGCCUUCAGCCAGGUCACCGCCCUGCCGCGCUCCUUCGCCGUCGAGCCCAACAACGCGGUCACCGUCUACAGAGCCCGCAUGGACAACAGGGACGUCGUCCUGCGGGCGCUGAAAAAUACGGCGAGCAGCAGUGAGAAGCAGGACUUCCUGGAUUUCGCGUCCUUCGUCUCUGGACUGGGGCCACACCCCUUCUUACCGGAGCUGCUGGGUGUCGUGUCGGUGCAGUCGCCCCCGAUGAUGGUGAUGGAGGAGCUGCAGCACAGAGACCUGCUGGGCUUCCUGUGGAGAUGUAGACAGGCACAGGGCAACUCGGGUCUGGAGUCUCCGUGUCACAUGACAGAGAAGAGGAUCUUCAUCAUGGCAGGACAAGUGGCCUCUGCUCUGGAGUAUCUGCACGGCAAAGGCUGCGUCCACGGCAACGUGGCGGCUCGCAGCGUUCUGGUCGGUGGGGAUCUGACGGCGAAGCUGUGGGGACUGGGCCCGGCCCACCGCAGGAGAACGCGGGCCGGUUUGCCGGGGGGCGUGGCCACGGAGGACACGGAGAUGAGGAAGUGGCAGGCGCCCGAGGUGCUAUCCACGAGGGCAGUCAGUCAGAGCAGUGAUGUAUGGUCCUUUGGUAUCCUGCUCUACGAAAUGGUCACGUUGGGCGAGCCACCGUUCGCUCCGAUCCGGGCGACUGAACUUCUGCAGCAUCUGCAGAGAGGGAAGCAUCUGAAACGACCGGCCAAGUGCUCCAACUCACUGUACCACGUCGUCCGCUCCUGCUGCCACUGGAGCCCGCAGCAGCGGCCCUCCGUGACGGAGCUGCUCCGAAACCUUCGGGCGGGAGAACAGUCCGCCAAUGGGAGGACAGCGCUCAGAGCGUCGCAGCCAAUAGACAUCGAGAAGUACCUGAGGGAGGCGGGGUUCGGAGAGACGUACAACUACACCGUGCUCUGAUUGGCUGAGCGCCCUACAUCACUCAGAGCCUUGUUGCUACCGCAGCGAAGAAGAACUUUCUGUCAGGGAAAAUACACACUAGAAUAUUGUUUAUGACAUUUAAAAAAUGUUGUUUGUGCACUCGUCUGCACAGUUGGAGAAGGAUUUAUGAAAUGCACUCAUUUGAUAUAUUUAAUAUGUGGAUUGUAAAUAUGUAUUUUUUUCUGUAAACUAGAAUUUUGACCAUUUAGAUAACUACUAUGAAAAAAACUAAGUUUAUUUGUACAGAGCAAAUAGUUUGUGGGGGAAGACAAGUAUACACCACACAACUGACUGAAAACUAUAGGGCCAAUUAUUUUUAUUUUAUUUUAUCCAUUACAUUCUUUGUUCACCUCUGUAAAGCCGCCCUGGGUUCCUUGAAAGGCACUUUAUAAAUAUAAUUAUUAAUUUUUAUUCAGUCCGGUCAGGAAGAGCACAAAGUCAGCCAGAGAUGGUGUUUGACAAACUCAGGGAAUUAACUGUAAUUGGCACUUAAUAAAAUUAAUAUCUGUCAGAAAUCAACAAACUAAUUACUCCAGAUAUGACUAAGCCAUAGAAAUGUGGUUGGUCGCUAUUCCCCUGUUACAGAAACUCUGUUUCUCCUGUUGCCCUGGUCUGCAGUGGGCACUUAAUUAAACAAAAAUAUAUUUUUUUAUCUAGUUAAUUUAAUUUAAUCGGAGAAACAGCUUGAUGCACGGAGUCAAUUUUUUAAGUAAUUCUGCAAAAAGUGCAUUUUGGAAGUAAUCCACGAAAAGUCUGGCAUGUCAAUUUUUUUUCAAGGUGCCAAAUAAAAAAAUGAAAACACAAGCAUCA